AUGAGUAAUCAGAAUUGGAGUCGUUUCCAAGAAGAAAUGAAGCGUAGAGCUACUCAGGCCGCAAGAUCCUCGGGGGGACCCAAAGCUACACCUCCAAGAGGACUUUUAGGAGGAGUUGGAGGGCUUUUCGUUCUUGGUGGUAUAGCAUUAAUUGCACAAAAUGCCUUAUUUAACGUUGAUGGUGGUCAAAGAGCCAUUAUUUAUUCACGUGUUGGAGGUAUUCAACCUCAAAUCAUUUCAGAAGGUACCCAUUUCAUUAUACCAUGGUUUCAAAGACCAAUCAUUUAUGAUGUACGUGCUAAACCAAGAAAUGUGGCCUCAUUAACAGGAACAAAAGAUUUACAAAUGGUUAAUAUCACUUGUAGAGUAUUAUUUAAACCGGAUAUCGCUCAGUUGCCCACCAUUUACAGAACCUUGGGUAGAGAUUAUGAUGAGAAAAUCUUACCAUCAAUUGUUAACGAAGUAUUGAAAUCAGUGGUUGCUCAAUUCAAUGCCUCUCAAUUGAUUACUCAAAGAGAGAAAGUCAGUAGAUUGGUGAGAGAGAAUAUGGUUCGUCGUGCUCAAAAAUUCAACAUUGCUUUAGAUGAUGUUUCCUUAACUUAUAUGACAUUCUCACCUGAAUUCAGUACUGCUGUGGAAGCUAAACAAAUUGCUCAACAAGAUGCUCAAAGAGCUGCUUUUGUUGUUGACAAGGCCAUUCAAGAAAAGCAGCAAUUGGUGGUUAAGGCCGCUGGUGAAGCCAAAUCAGCUGAAUUAAUUGGUGAAGCUAUUAAAAAGAGUAAAGAUUAUGUUGAAUUGAAAAGAUUGGAUACCGCAAGAGAAAUCGCCGGUAUUUUGGCUUCUUCUCCAAACAAAAUCUUAUUGGACAACGAAUCCUUAUUACUUAACACUACCUCUGAUGCUCGUAAGUGA